AUGGACGCCUUGGCGCUGCUCAGCAGAGUGGAACAGCUAAGCUGGGAAGUUUCAAGUUUGAGAGAUGUUCUGGAAGCCCAGGCAAGCGUGAAUGAGAACUUGAUGGCGACUACAGCAGUCAUGGAUUGCCGGGUUACUGUUAUUGAGAAGCACCGCGGCUCCCCUGGCCGUGCACCUGGGGCUAGUGCUGCCUUUCAAGAGAGAAACUUACAUAAUACGGCUGCGUCUGCUCGGCAGUCACAGGGAGAGGCCCCAAUCCUUCUGUCACAGUCCCCGGCAUGGAGCAGAAAGGGGUACGCAAGCCCCAGAAGCCUCCAAACGCAGCCGUGCAGCCUAGUAUGUCUACCGGCGGUGUUCAGGCUCGUUCGAAAUGGGAGCAGCGGAGGAAAAUGGAAGAAACUAUCACUGCAUCACCAUGAUUGCAAAGAUUUGUGUCGUCCUUCUUCUGUUUGUUGCCUCUGGCAACGCACAGACCACAACCAGAACCACCAGGGCUGCACCAACAACCAGAACCACCACGGCUGCACCAACAACCAGAACCACCACAGCUGCACCAACAACCAGAGCCACCACGGCUGCACCAACAACCAGAACCACCACAGCUGCACCAACAACCAGAGCCACCACGGCUGCACCAACAACCAGAACCACCACGGCUGCACCAACAACCAGAACCACCACGGCUGCACCAACAACCACAGCCACCACAACUGCACCAACAGCCACCACGACUGCACCAACAACCACAGCCACCACAACUGCACCAUCAGCCACCACGACUGCACCAACAACCAGAACCACCACGACUGCACCAACAGCCAGAACCACCACGACUGCACCAACAGCCACCACGACUGCACCAACAACCACAGCCACCACGGCUGCACCAACAACCAGAACCACCACGACUGCACCAACAGCCACCACGACUGCACCAACAACCACAGCCACCACAACUGCACCAACAACCACAGCCACCACAACUGCACCAACAGCCACCACGACUGCACCAACAACCACAGCCGCCACGGUUGCUCCAACAACCAGAACCACCACGGCUGCACCAACAACCACAGCCACCACAACUGCACCAACAGCCACCACGACUGCACCAACAACCACAGCCGCCACGGUUGCUCCAACAACCAGAACCACCACGGCUGCACCAACAACCACAGCCACCACAACUGCACCAACAGCCACCACGACUGCACCAACAACCACAGCCGCCACGGCUGCACCAACAACCACAGCCACCACAACUGCACCAACAGCCACCACGACUGCACCAACAACCACAGCCGCCACGGUUGCUCCAACAACCAGAACCACCACGGCUGCACCAACAACCACAGCCACCACAACUGCACCAACAGCCACCACGACUGCACCAACAACCACAGCCGCCACGGUUGCUCCAACAACAUCACCACCCACAACCAUAAUUUGUGAUACCAGCACGGCUGGACCAACAACCACACCCUUAAUCACAACCACAACCCCACUCAUAUAUGAUGAUAUCUUCACGGAUGGACCAACAACCCCAACCAGCACGGCUGGUUGUGAGACCAACAAGGCCAGACCAACAUGUAGUGUGGAGUGUGUUUGUAAAUGUUAAUCUCUGACAUGUCAUCACCCGUGUCUCUGAUGGAGGUGUCUAUAAUUAAUCAAACUGUCUGUGAUUGGAGGACUCUGUAAUGUUCUGGUUCAGAGGAUUGUGAGUGAAUCUGCUUUUUAUCUGUAAUUGCAUAAAAAAGAUGAUCUACAAUAAAGGUUUACAAUAAAGGUUAUUCUUUAAAGUUU